AUAGAAAUUGUAAUUAUCAGAAUGAUUCACAAUCAACAUUAUAAAAAGGACGUGAAAUAUGUCGUCGAGCAAAGCCACGUUGUACUUCGCAUGCUUGGUAUUUGGCCAUUGACUGACAGACGACCAAACACAAUCGAGAAAGUUACAAAUAUCUUCCUUGUGAUUAUUUGUUAUUUUCUCCUCCAUUGCGAUAUGGUACCAGGUGUUUUAUAUUACAUGUUUGUCGAUGAUGGAGCGCGCGAACGAAUGAAGAUGAUGCCACCGAUCCUGUACUCAAUCAUGGCGAUCGCCAAGUACAGUAAUCUUAUUGUCCACGAGUGCAAUAUCAGACGUUGUCUGCGACAUAUCGAGGAAGAUUGGAGGACGAUGAUGGUCAGCGAUGCGCGAGAAAUGAUGCAGGACAAAGCCAAUACCGGAAGACGACUGUUCACCUUGUGUUGCACUUUCAUGUAUUGCGGCGGACUGUCUUACAACACGAUAAUGCCUCUAUCGAAAGGAAGUAUCGUUACUGAUCAAAACGUCACGAUCCGGCCGCUAUCCUGCCCCGGUUACUACGUUUUUUUCAAUCCGCAAAAUAGUCCUGCCUACGAAAUCGUGUUUCUCCUGCAGUGCCUCUGUGGUUUCGUCAUGUACACAAUCACGGUAGCGAUUUGCGGCCUUGCUGCAGUCUUCGUGAUGCAUGCGUGCGCGCAGAUGGAGAUCCUGAUGCGUUUGAUGGAGGAUCUCGUCAACAAGGACGAAUGUGAACAGCAGAAUAUCGUUGCUAAACUGGCAAUCAUAAUCGAACAUCAGAUAAGAAUACGAAAAAAGAUGUUGCAUAACGAACAUUAUCAAGAUGAUAUUAUGUAUAUUACACAAUUAACGCGUAAUGUUUUAAGUUUACUCGGUGUCUGGCCAUCUAUCAACAGAAAAAGAUCAAUCGGCCAAAGAGCUUGGAAAUUUCUGUUAAUCUCACUUUCUUAUAUUCUUCUCUACUGCGUCUUGAUUCCCGGUCUCCUUUUCUGGUUGAUCGAGAAGAGAACGCGCGUCCGAGUCCAAACAAUUCCUCUUAUUUUUUACGGCUUUAUGGCUACAGGUAAAUACAGCAUUUUGGUGUUUAGCGAGAGACGUAUCAGACGUUGCUUAAAACAUAUCGAGGAGGAUUGGAAAAUCCUUAUCAACAUGGACGCGCGAGAUACGAUGAUUGAAUCCGCAAAGAUUGGCAGACGUCUGGUGACACUUUGCGCAGCUUUCAUGUACGGUAGUGGACUCUCCUUUCGAUCAAUUUUGCCAUUCGCCAAAGGAAAGAUCGUGACCGCACAGAAUGUCACAAUCAAACCUUUACCCUGCCCAGCUUAUUUCUUUUCUUUCGAUAUACAAGUUAGUCCUAUUUACGAAACGGUUUUCGCGAUUCAGUUUUUGUCCGGCAUAGUUACUUAUUCUAUUACGAUCGGUGUAUGUGGGCUUGCGGCUGUCUUUGUGAUGCACGCUUGUGGUCAACUGAAAAUUUUAGUGACUCUGAUGAGAAAUCUCGUCGAGAUACAAUGGGACGAGACUCAAGAAUUGGAUAGGAAACUUGCUGCAAUGGUCGAGCAUCAAAUAAGGAUACGGAACUUUUUGCGAUUGGUAGAACAUACUAUGCAACAAGCAUGUCUGAUAGAAUUAAUGGGUUGCACGAUGAUUGUUUGCCUUUUGGGAUAUUUUAUAAUAAUGGAAUGGGAAAAUAGUAAUUCAAUAGCUAUGUGCUCUUACUUUAUUACAGUUACAUCUCUGAUGAUAAAUAUGUUCAUGUUUUGUUAUACUGGAGAACAGCUUACUGUUCAGGCGGAGAGAGUAGCUAGUACAUCGUGCGAACUCGAAUGGUAUCGUCUUCCGGAUAAAAAGGCACGUGGAAUUGUACUAGUGAUGAUUAUGUCGAAUUUACCUACCAAAGUCACCGCUGGAAAAAUCAUGGAUUUAUCAUUCAAGACAUACGGUGAUGUCGUUAAAACAGCUGUGACGUAUUUCAAUAUGCUUUUAAACGUAACUGAUUGA